UUGGAGUGGAGGUUUCUACACUGGCUGAGCUAGCACAAGGACAUAGACUGAGAGCAUGGUUUGCUACAGUUGAUCAAGAAGGCUCGGCAUCAGAGUUGGAUUUGCUUUCAAGCGACUACGGGCUGACGGUGCUUCCAGCUUUGCUUGUUCAGCACUCCUCCAUGAACGAACAAGCUGUGUUCCACGGGCCUUUCCAAGGGGAGGGCUUGGCCUCGUUCGUGAGGCAUAACCUCUUGCCUCCGGUGACAACCUUGACGUAUGACAACUUGGAGCUUGUUAAGGCGGAUGGGAGGCCAGUUGUCUUGGCCAUUGUUACAGGUGCUGGAGUUUUCAACCACAUGAAAGAACUGGCUCGGGAGCACCCCGAGAUGCUUUUUGCACUGCUCAACUCUUCCUCUCCUCUCGCUGACAUCUUUUACGCAUCAAAAGUGCUUGUUUGGGACGGCAAGACGUAUUUCUACACGCGCUUGCAUGCGGAGGUAUCGGAGAAUGAAGUGGAAAUGGGUGGGCAGAUAUCGGCUUUGGUGGAGGAUUUCAAAAACAACAAAGUCAAGAGAAGUAUCAUUAAACAGCCUUCAUUCAUGGAACAACUGAUGGGCUUCAUUGGACAGAACGUCUUGUACAUUGUCUUGUUCUUUGUAACCAUUGUGGUGUUUCUACAGAGCAUGGACUGGGCUCAACCUGGAGCUGCCCGUCAUUGAUAGCUAUGCAGUGAGUUUUGAUUGGGACUACUCUACUCUAUAUAUGAAGUGUUGAAAUGGGAAGCCAGGACCUUUCCGUGCAUUUGAUUUUUUCCGAACUUCGUGUUGACUUGAGCGAAGUAGAACAGAAAGUGCUGAACUUUGUCCGGCUGGCAAGGCGUGUUCUUGAGGAGGUUCAAAAAAGAAACUGGCUCGAGGCUCAGAAUGUUCAAUUCAGCCUCGAUCUGGUUUCCGAGGCUGAGUAUCACUUAGGAUUCGUAGCCAAGGUACACUCCAAUCCUUGGCUAUUCAGUACACACAUUCUGAGGCGAGCGAUCGAAAGGUACGAGUAUUGUUGGCUUCCAUUGGCAAAUUCUUCGUCAGAGCUGAUCCCGCCUCUCGAUUGUGCGUUAAUCUGGCAUUGCCAUCGACUGAAACCUGUUCAGUAUGCCAGCGACUGCAGAAAGCUGUUUGGAAAAGUUAUCGAUGCACGUCUUAAACGUAACAACUCUAUGGAGCACUAUCGUAAAAGCAGGGAUGCUUGGACAUCAUUAUAUCCGGAUGAACCUUAUAAUCUUCGUGAACUCAAGUCCACAUGCAGCUCACGCUACUCAUCCGGGAAAUCAAUGAUUUUGUACAACCUUGUGGAUGCAGUUAAAAGACAGAAAUCAUUUAUUUACCAGGUUUUGAUGUUUUAUCACUUUUUCUAUCCAGGCAAACACCUUUCUUCGUUUCAGGUCUCCGCACCUCAUUAUCAGGACAGAGGAUUCUUGCGCGACGCAGAGAAGCGUUAUAAAGGGUUUCUGCAUCUGAAAAGAACUCAGGGAGAGGAUAAGUUUUUCGUUCCUACUUAUGACAUCGACUUGAUGUGGCACACGCAUCAACUUUGUUCCGUCAAGUAUGAGUGCGACAUGGUGGGAGUGCUGGGAAGAGAUUUGGAACACGACGAUUCUGUCAACAACAGAGAAGUUGGAGGAAAGCUCGACGUGGGAUAUACACAAACUCGUUCUCUGUGGGAAGAGACGUAUGGACUUGCGUAUGAGAAAGCAGGUUGCAUGUACAGAGGUGAACCACCGUUACCCCUAACGCUCAUAAGUACCACCUCCGUCCGUGUCUUAGGAUCAAGUCUUGCCGAGUGCUCGAAGUCCUGGGCUCAUCUUCGAGCAACGCUGGCCAAGAGAAAGAUUUUUCAGGUGCACAUGUCUGUCCGGGAAGUUGAGAGUUACGCAGAACCCAGAGAGUUCAACCAUUUGCUUGCCAUUUCACCACUAAAUUCUCUAUUAGCAUCAUCGUUCAAAUUUCACGAUUUUAACUCUUCAAAGAAAAUCUGGGACUUUGAAACUGAUUUAUCAACCCAAGGUGUUAUCCUGGAGCUCAAGCCUUACAGCGGCUCCUAUACGGUGCUGGGACAUCUGAGAAUAACUUGGCAACAGGUUAUGAUGUCGGAGAUGCACUCGAUCAGUGGCUGGUUUCCUCUACAAAACACAAGGAAGCCAACAUCUCUGCAACUCGUGGCUUCUAUGACUCCCCCUGUGACUGGCCAAUUUCUCCUGAGAAGUGUGAAAACCAGAGAUACCAAAGAUGACAGAGGAGACAUAUGGUUGACAAACUGUAUCCUUGAUCAUACAAACUGUGAGUCGUAUGUUGUCCGCUACAAGCACGGUCAAGCGUCGUCCCUGAUAAAGAGAAAACCACCCAGAGCACAGAGGUUUGUUCACGUUCAUCAUGGUGUCCGGAAGUUUGUGCACGUCCAUCAUCGAAACAGUCUGUAUGUUCCAGACGUUUCUGGUGAGGUCAUCGGAUCAGCGUUUCCGCUUGAGAAAACAGCAAACUCCAGGAGCUGGUCUCUGCUAGAUGGCGCAGUAACUCUGACCAUCUCCAGAUAUCGAAAGGAAUCGAAGUGGUGGCCGCAGUUUGAUGUGAGGACAAGAUUAGAUUGUCCGGACUUUGUUCUAGUACCAGGUCGUAAGCCUCAACUUGGUUUUUUGUAUGAUCCGGGCUUUGUGACGAUGGUGAGAUAUACACGAGACGAGCCCGAAGGCAUUGCAACCGCUCUUUUCGACUUGGACGUGGGUCACAUGCAGAUUGAUCGUUACGAGAAUGUGCUCCUGGUGUUGCUUCUGUCGACGACUGUAUCCAUCUCACUCAAAGAGCUAGGACUCAAGUUGAAGCACAAGGCCACAUAUUAUGACAAUGGCUUCCAGCGUACUCGGGCUUCAAACGUGCACUACACAGGCUUAGGAGUGUGGGAUACUUCUAGCAGCUAUGCUGACGGGGAUGGUGGGGGUGGUGGUGAUGGUGGCGAUGGAGGGGGUUGCGGUGGCUGCGGUGGCUGUGGCGGCUGUGGUGGCUAGUUCUAAAUUCUACAAAUAAGCUUGAGGUUCGAGCCACGAAAAUAAAAAUAAAAAUAUCGUG